CCAGGACCAUGGAGCCCAGUUUGCUGCUCCUCCUUGCUCUCCUUGUGGGUUUCUUACUACUCAUGGUCAGGGGCCACCCAAAGGCCCGUGGCCACCUUCCACCAGGACCCCGUCCCCUGCCACUCUUGGGAAACCUCCUUCAGAUGGACAGAAGAGGCCUCCUCAACUCCUUUAUUCAGCUUCGAGAAAAAUAUGGAGACGUGUUCACAGUGCACCUGGGACCGAGGCCCGUGGUCAUGCUGUGUGGGACAGAGGCCAUAAGGGAGGCUCUGGUGGACCAAGCUGAGGCUUUCUCUGGCCGGGGGACCAUUGCUGUGCUUGAGCCAGUUGUGCAGGGAUAUGGUGUGAUCUUUGCUAAUGGGGAACGCUGGAAGACCCUUAGGCGAUUCUCUCUGGCCACCAUGAAGGACUUAGGAAUGGGCAAGCGGAGUGUGGAAGAGCGGAUUCAGGAGGAGGCCCGAUGUAUGGUGGAGGAGCUGCGGAAAUCCCAGGGAGCCCCCCUGGACCCCACCUUCAUCUUCCAGUCCAUCACAGCCAACAUCAUCUGCUCCAUUGUCUUUGGAGAGCGCUUUGAUUACAAAGACCGCCAGUUUCUGAGCCUCUUGCACCUGAUCUAUCAGAUCUUCUCGCUCAUCAGCUCAUUCUCCAGCCAGGUGUUUGAGCUCUAUUCGGGUUUCCUGAAAUUCUUUCCUGGUGCCCACCGACAAAUCUGCCAAAAGAUUCGUGAAGUCCUUGACUACAUUGGCCACAGCGUGGAGAAGCACCAGGAAACCUUGGACCCAAACAAUCCAAGAGACUUCAUCGAUACCUACCUUAUACGCAUGGAGAAGGUAAGUCCUGUGUGAAUGAGAGAGGAGAAGUCCAACCAACACACAGAGUUCCAUCACCAGAACCUCAUGAUCUCCGUGCUGUCUCUCUUCUUUGCUGGCACCGAGACCAGCAGCACCACGCUCCGCUUUGGCUUCCUGCUUCUGCUAAAAUACCCCCAUGUAGCAGAGAAAGUCCAAAAGGAGAUCGAUCAGGUGAUUGGCUCACACCGCCCACCAACCCUUGAUGACCGCACCAAAAUGCCUUACACUGAAGCUGUCAUUCGCGAGAUCCAGAGAUUUGCAGAUAUUCUCCCGAUUGGAGUGCCUCACAAAGUCACCAAAGACACUUUGUUCCGAGGGUACCUGCUCCCCAAGAACACUGAAGUGUACCCCAUCCUGAGUUCAGCUCUCCAUGACCCACGGUACUUUGAACAACCAGAUGCCUUCAAUCCUGACCACUUCCUGGAUGCCAGUGGGGCUCUCAAGAAAAUUGAAGCUUUUAUGCCCUUCUCUAUAGGAAAGCGCAUUUGUCUUGGCGAAGGAAUUGCCCACAACGAAUUGUUCCUUUUCUUCACCACCAUCCUCCAGAACUUCUCUGUGUCCAGUCCCGUGGCUCCUAAGGACAUUGACCUCAGGCCCAAGGAGAGCGGCUUGACCAAAGUGGCUCCUACAUACCAGAUCCAGUUCUUGCCCCGCUGACUGGGCUGCGGUGGCCAGGUGUCCCCACUCCUGUUGAGAAUGGCCCCAUCUUCUGCCUCUGAGACCUGCUGCCAACCAGGCUGUAGGUCACUGCUUACACCCUUCUACCUUAAUGCAGCUUCUGCAAAGCUCCAAGGGGUGUUCUUCUGCCCUGAGAAUGGCACUGGGGAAAUCACUCAGUGUCUUUCUUGAUGUGUGAACUGAGAGACUUCAGAAGGCCACAUCUCAUGCUGAGUCAGUCCUCUAUUGCACCCAGCAACCACAGUUUCCAUGUAGAGACUUCUGGUGUCCAUCAUCUAAUCUAAUAGAUGCUGGCCAUGUCAGAUGAUGAGCAGGUGAAAUUGACGUUCAAGGUGUCAUUUCACCAUGAGGAAAACUCUGUGAUGGCUUAACAUGCUUUAUUCCAGACUAUGAGGACAAAGACUCUGCAAUAUCUGUUGAUUCUACUUUGUUUUUACAUGUUUGUUGCUACAAUCUUUCCCUGGUAUCUGGCUUGGUAUGAGUAGAUGUGAGGAGACCCUACUGUCUGUAACAUACUAUGUUUCUCUCAUGAAAAAAACCUGAUAUACUGGGCUUUUUUAUCUGUGGAUUGUCAAGAAGAUGGUUCUUCCAUAACUGUGCUGUCUAAUUGAUAUAAUGUUAGCUUAUACAGAAUUUUGAUAAAUAAAAGUGAGCACAAGCAGAUAAUAUACAGACAUUGCCUAUGAGUUCCUCCUGAGGGUCUGCUACAGAUCCCAACUCAAGUUAAGAAAAACAAUGAGCCAGCUGUCUCAAAUUCCUUGAAUCUUAAUGCUCAGAAAUGUGUCACAGGUUUUAGUGUGCACCAUUAGUUGAAAUAAAGCUUCAAAAUAA